CUGACCUCCCUCCCUUGAUUUUCUCUCCUCUUCGUCUUCAAUCAAUCAAUCCCACACACUCUCCGAAUCCCAACAACAACCAACGACGUCGUAUUAGCCAAUCCUCAACCCUUCACCUCUCAUUGCCAUUUAUUAUAAUGCCUACGUAAUCCGUGCCUGAUACAUCAAACCAGAGCCGUCGAGAACCAGACACCUUUUUCUUCCCUCCCUUCUGCCAUUUCUGGCCUUUGAAUCUUAAAAUAAACACUCUCCUCCAAUUUUUUAUAUUCCCUUUCUACCCCUAACCGCAAACGAGACAUCAUAUCUUUCUUCCUCAGCAAUCUUGUUUCUGCUUCGCUCGCUCUGGUGUCAUCUUCUCCCGCGUUUUCCGGCUUAUUUGACGGAAUAUCCUCCAGAUUAAUCGUUCGGUGGUGGUUUCAGUCUAUUUGAGACGCUCGAGCUUCUAGAAGAAGAGCUGCGUUUGAAUUUCGGGGAUUGGAAAAUGGCGGUGUUGGGCGCGAAAUGGCAGGGCGUGAGAUCCGUGUGCAUGGUGAUGUUAAACUUCGCCGUCGCCUUUGUGUGUAUUAAGGCCGAGAGAGGGCUCAGGCUCGAAAGCUCGAGGCUCGCUGCGGCGGAGCGAUCUGUUUCCGGCAACGAUGCUCUGUUACGAGCAGUUAAUUUCUUGUGGCAAUCGGAUAGAGUCGGCUACGAACAUGUUUGGCCGGAGAUGAAGUUCGGGUGGCAGAUCAUUGUUGGGACUGCUAUUGGAUUCUUUGGAGCGGCGUUCGGGAGUGUCGGCGGCGUAGGUGGUGGUGGGAUUUUUGUUCCCAUGCUUAGCCUGAUUGUUGGGUUUGAUCCAAAGUCGUCAACAGCUAUAUCGAAAUGUAUGAUCAUGGGUGCAGCUGCCUCAACUGUGUACUACAAUCUUAAGCUGAGGCAUCCCACGCUGGAUAUGCCCAUUAUCGACUAUGAUUUGGCGGUGCUUAUCCAACCCAUGCUCAUGUUGGGAAUUAGUGUAGGAGUGGCGUUCAAUGUGAUCUUUGCUGAUUGGAUGGUCACAGUUUUGCUUAUUGUUCUUUUUAUAGGCACAUCAACAAAAGCAUUCUUCAAGGGUGUUGAAACAUGGAAAAAAGAAACUAUCAUGAAAAUGGAAGCUGCAAAGCGACGAGAGUCAAAUGGUGCUGGUGGGGAUGUAGAAUACAAGCCUCUUCCAGGUGGCCCAAAAAGUGACCAACAAAGGGAUCCAGAUGUCUCUCUUGUGGAGAAUGUUUACUGGAAAGAGUGUGGACUUCUGGUUUUUGUCUGGGUUGCAUUUCUUGCACUGCAACUCGCCAAGCAUCACACGUCUACUUGUUCAACAGCCUAUUGGGUAGUGAAUUUGUUACAGAUCCCAGUCUCUUUAGGUGUAUCUACGUAUGAGGCAGUUGGCCUAUACCAGGGAAGGAAAGUAAUAGCCUCAAAGGGAGAGGAAGGGACAAAUUGGCGAGUGCACCAGCUGAUUGUCUACUGUCUCAUGGGCGUCAUUGCAGGAAUUGUAGGAGGAUUGCUAGGACUAGGUGGAGGAUUUAUUAUGGGUCCACUAUUUUUGGAGCUCGGAAUCCCCCCUCAGGUGUCCAGCGCCACAGCUACCUUUGCAAUGAUGUUCUCAUCAUCUAUGUCUGUUGUAGAAUACUUCCUUCUCAAACGAUUUCCAGUUCCUUAUGCUGCUUACUACACGGCUGUGGCAUUCAUUGCCGCCAUUAUAGGACAGCAUGUUGUGAGGAGGCUGAUCAAUUUAUUUGGGAGGGCAUCAUUGAUCAUUUUCAUUCUAUCUUUUAUGAUUUUUGUUAGUGCAAUCUCACUCGGUGGGGUUGGAAUAUCGAACAUGAUUUAUAAGAUAAACCAUAAUGAAUACAUGGGUUUCGAAAACCUCUGCAAGUAUGAUGGGUAGAGCCUGUGAAUCAUUCUUAAAAUUUCUUUUGUUAUUAUUUUUUUCUCUAGAGGAAAAAAGAAAAAUGUAGUAUCAUCAGAGAUGACCUGCUUUACAAGCUAGCAUGUCGAACUUGAUGCAAUUUUUAUCUUUCUUAAAUUUCUUUUUUCUUCUUCUUGUUUUCUCUAGAGGAAAAAAGAAAAUUGUAGUUUCAUCAUAGAUGACAUGUUGUACAAGUUAGGUCACACCAGAUGAAAUCGAAUAACUAUUUUCUCUAAA